GUCUUGUCAUUCGUCAAAUCUCGCGAGUUGUUAGUUGUUUGUUUCUUCAACAAAAAAAUAUAAAUUAUUUAAUUAGGAUAUUUUUGUGACAGAUGGGGAUUUGCACGAAUGUCGUAGAAAAGAUAGUUCAACAUAAGUAAGAAAUUUGACAAGUGAAAAUAGUGUGUGUGUUGUUGGUGCAUUUAAUUUUUGCAGUAGACAUACCAGCGACCGCUGGCACACGCCGCAAAGUAAGUCGGCUUGCUUGUUUGCUGCUUCUAACUAGUGAUAGAUUGCAUGAGAGGUGAAGAAGUGGUCCUCAAUAAGAAUUAUUUUUCGAGUUUGUCAUUGCAUUAAAUACCAACGUUCGAAACAAUAUAUUAAGCGGCAAAAUGUCAUAUCCACCACGCCCUCCAAUGGCCCCUUAUAUGAAUCCAUCCAUACCUCCGCCGCAUAUGAUGGGCCACCCACCACCUCCUUCACGAGGUUAUAGAAACUCAGCAACUAUUAGUUCACAACCAACUGUUUAUCAAAGACCUCCGGAUCCCGUACCACAAUUUCAAGGACCAAUUAUAACGGUGUUUGUUGGCAAUAUUAGUGAACGUGUUCCAGAGGUCCUAAUAAAACGGAUACUAGCAACUUGUGGGCCGGUGGUCAAUUGGAAGCGUGUAUCGACUUUCGGUUUCUGCGAAUAUGACGGACCCACGGCUGGCAUGCGGGCCGUGCGCUUACUUAGCGAAAUUGAAGUAGACGGCAAGACACUGGUAGCAAAAGUUGAUGCUAAAAAUAAACUUUUGUUGGACAACUUCAAGGAGGAGGAGCGUAAAAACGGUGCCAUCGAGGAGAAGAAUGAGAAAAACAAUGAUGAAGAUGCUCUGCGUUUAAUGAGACAGAUAAUUGAGGAACAUAGGCAGGAAAUUGAAGAAUUUGAUCCUAACGCACGAAACGAUAUGUUUAGUGGACGUGGUGGCAAAAUAAAACCAGGACGUGUUGACGAAGUCAAAGUUCCCAAAGCUCUUAAUGAGACCAACCUGGAAGAGGAUAAGAGAAAUCUUAUAAGUAGUGAAAUUGGAAAAUUUCGUAAAAGAGCCGAAGCUGAUGAGCAUCGUAAGGAGAAGGAGAAAGAAAGAGAAAAGGAAAAAGAAAAAGAGAAGGAAAAAGAAAAAGAGCGAGAUAAGGAGAGAGAAAGAGAACGGGAGCGGGAACGAGAUCGGGAUAGAGAUCGUGAGAGGGAGCGGGAUCAAAAGGAUAAGGAAAAGCGCAAAGCAAAUAGUGACAGCGAACAGGAUUGGGAUGCUGACGAACAUGAAAAUGGCGCUGUGAAAUGUGCCAUAUCCUCUCCUGUCCGUAUAAAAGAAGAGCCAGAACUUGUUAAGGAGCCUCGUCGUAAAAGGAGCCCUUCCCGAACCAAGGAACGCGAGCGGGACUAUAGAGAACGUGAGAGAGAGCGUGAACGUGAAAGAGAGAGGGAAAGGGAAAGAGAGUUAAGAGAAAAGGAGCGAGAGCGUGAACGUGAAAGGGAACGUGAGCGAGAGCGAGAAAGAGGAGAGCGCGAACGCGAACGAGAGAGGGAAAGAGAACGCGAAAGGGAGCGUGAUAGGGAAAGAGAAAGGGAACGAGACGAAAAAAUCACAAAAAACGUCAGGGACGUCCAGCGUGAGAAGGAGAUGGAAGAAGAGAUAAGAGAACGCAAGAAAGCCGAGAAGAAAGCCCGUGAAAAGGAAGAGGCAUAUCAAGAGCGAUUAAUGAACUGGGAGCAAAGGGAAAAACGCAAAGCAAAAGAAUACGAAAAGGUCCGUCUUAAAGAAAAGAUAAAACAAGAAGAGCGCGAAAAGGAAGCAAAGCGCCUUAAAGAGUUCCUAGAAGACUACGACGACGAAAGAGAUGACGUUAAGUACUACAAAGGAAGAGAACUACAGCGGCGCCUAGCUGAACGGGUUCGAGAGGCAGAUCUUGAUGCAAAGGAUCGCAACAAAGAACAAGAGGAGUUGGAUGAAUUAAAAAAUAAAAUUUUCAGUGGAGAAUUUGAUAAUCCAACACAGGAAUACGAAAGAGCGAAAAAAGAACACGAAAGACUCUAUAAACCUCAGAUCAUUAUUGACGUUAAUCAGGAAAAUAUGCAAAGAAAGGAAAAAGAGCAAGAAAGAAGUCGAGAAAAGCACAACAGUAUUUCCGACAAGCGUGAAGUUUACAAUAGAAAUGACGACGGUCUUGGCAGCCAUGUGGGUGCUUCCACAGUGCCGUCAACCGCUGUUGUUAGUAGACCGUCAAGGCCCGUUUCAAAAGCAAGGUCAAUUGAUUCCAUAUCCAAUGAUGACGCAUCUGCCCAUGAAACCAUGUCAAAUGCCAGUAGUCGUUAUAGCCGACACGAUUCUGAGUCUCGAGAUUAUACAAACGCCGAUGAUAUAGAGUCUAUGUCACCGGCCACUCCUCAAGGCUUUGCACAUGCACAAACCAAUGAUUCCGUGUCAACCCCUCCGAUAAUGCCAACAGUUGGCAUCAGUUUAAAUUUAGGAGCCAAUGCAAAAAAGAAGAAGAUAGAAAGUGCGCCUGGGGUGUUUAGCGCUGAUGACGAUAAUGAUGAUGUCUCCAACUCAAAGAAACGAAAAUUGGUACCUCUAGAUUAUGAUGACAAUCAGGCAAAACAACAGAAUACCCAUGGUUUGGCGACAGUGAAUCCAAGCGAUAGACAUGACAACACGUCUGGUCCUGUCUCUGUUUCUGCUGAAAAGGGUGGAAGUUCGGCUGCAAAUAAAAAACACGGUAAGAAUGAUACAAAUGCUGUUCCUGCAGCAGCAAGUAGCAAAAAGGAUGAAAGUAGUGGUACAAAGGUACACGAUGAAAAACGACGCCACAUAAAAAGCAUUAUUGACAGGAUACCGACCCAAAAGGAGGAUCUUUUCAACUAUAAACUCGAUCGCAACGAGAUCGACAAUAAUCUUAUGGAGCGCAAAAUACGCCCUUGGAUAAACAAGAAGAUCAUCGAAUACAUUGGAGAGCCCGAGCCAACAUUAGUCGAUUUUAUCUGCUCCAAGGUUUUAGCUGGCAGUUCACCUCAAAGUAUUCUGGACGAUGUACAAAUGGUACUUGACGAGGAAGCCGAGGUGUUCGUUGUCAAAAUGUGGAGACUUCUCAUCUACGAAGUGGAUGCUAAAAAGAUCGGUUUAGGUAAAUAAUUUCUUAUUUUAAAAACAUUCUUUAAUUUUGUGUAUUAAAUAAUUACAUAUUUGCAAAACAAUAAAAAACUUAAUAGUAAAGAAAAACAAGAAUAAAUGAAAAAAAAAUCGAACAAACAAAUGUGGAUUGCUCUAAAUAUCUAUGUUUACUUAAAAAAAUGUUUUGUUAGCCCAUGGCAAACACGAUUUGCUGCAGGUUAUAGCAAAAACGAUAAACAACAAAUCAAAAUAUUCUAAAUAAAUAAAGAGAGGAUUGAAUUUUGUCCAUCCGUUCCCAAUUA